AUGUCUACCGACGCCACUAUUUCCCAACACCCCCAGCAGCAGCCCGUGCUUGCUCGUCACAGAGCCAAGAAGCAGAAGAAAGAACAAGAACAACAACGCCAUUCAGAAGACGACGACGACGCCGACAUGGCCGACAGUAAUACUAGCGAGCAGAAGAGGCAGAGGCCCUCCAUGUAUUUCCCCCUAGGUUACAAAGAAGCCGCCUCGCAAUGGUGGUCGAGCGUCUCCGCGCAAGCCGCAGAGCGCAAUGUCCUCAUGCGCAUUCCCUACCUCAGGGAAGCGACCGCUUCGGCAACAGAUCUCCAGGAUGCACGACCCGAUCCUUUCGGCCACCGAGUGUGGCGCUCCACCAUGGUCCGCCUCUCCGGCAAGCACCGCGCCCUCAACGAGUACUCCGUCGAGCGGGUGGGCGAGCCCGCAGACGAGACCCUCGUCAUGUUGCACGGCUACGGUGCCGGCCUGGGCUUCUUCUACAAGAACUUUGAGCCGCUGAGCCGUGUGAAGGGCUGGAAACUGUACGCGCUCGAUAUGCUAGGAAUGGGCAACUCAUCCAGGCCGGCCUUCAGGAUUCACGCCAAGGACCCCCAAGGAAAGAUCACGGAGGCCGAGAACUGGUUUAUCGAUGCGCUCGAGGAGUGGAGGAAGGCCAGGAAGAUCGAGAAAUUCACCCUGCUGGGCCACUCGCUCGGAGGCUAUCUGGCCGUAUCCUAUGCGCUGAAAUACCCGGGUCACCUCAACAAGCUGAUCCUCGCCUCGCCUGCCGGUGUGCCGGAGGACCCCUACGCAGUCAACGCCGACAUGCCCGAGCCAAACGAUUCAACAAUGGCCAACGAGUUCACCCAGGACCAGGAGAGCAUUGUCGAGUCUUCGCGCUCGGGCGACAGCAGCCUCUCGAAGCACGGCCGGAAGACCAAGGCGCAGGCCGAGGCCAAGCAAAGGCGGCCCUUGCCCAGCUGGCUUAUCUGGCUAUGGGAGUCCAACUUUGUCUCCCCCUUCAGUUUCGUCCGUCUGGGUGGACCGCUUGGCCCCCGCCUCGUAUCCGGAUGGACGUCUCGCCGCUUCAACCACCUGCCGCCCGAGGAGUCGCAGGACCUGCACACCUACUCGUACACGCUCUUCCGGCAGAAGGGCAGCGGCGAGUUCGUGCUGCCCUACCUCCUCGCGCCGGGCGCCUUCGCCCGCAGCCCCGUCAUCAACCGCAUCCAGAACGUCGGCCGGCAGGUGAUCCAGCCGGCGACGGACACGACGCCGGAGCUGCGCGAGACGGGCAUCCCCGUGGUGCUGAUGUACGGCGACAGCGACUGGAUGGACGUCGCGGGCGGGUACGCGGCGGAGCAGAAGAUCAAGCAGCGCGUGGUCAAGGCGCUGCUCAACGGCACGGACGAGGAGAAGCGCCGCGAGAACGGCAGCGCAAAGGUCAUCAUCGUCAGCAAGGCCGGCCACCACCUGUACCUCGACAACGCGGACGAGUUCAACGAGUACAUACGCAAGGAGCUGGAGGAAACCAGGGACUACAACCUGCGGCAGAAGGCGCUGCAGCAAUGA